AUGAUCACUGUUGGGGUGUACAGCAUUAUAAAUAUAACCAGGUUUCUUAUGUUGUACUGCUUAUUCAAACAACUGCUGAAAAUUCAGUUCCAGCUUUAGAUGCUAUAUUUGCAAAAAAAGCAGUUAAAAAAAAAAAACACAAG